AUGAGUUCACCUCAGGUUUGCUUUUCCUUCACUAUUUUUCUUCCUCUAUCUGGUUUCCUCCAUUGCAAACUAAGCUUCCUUUCCAGCUUUCUUUGAGGUCCUCCUCUUCUCCUCAAACACCCAAAGACCCACCAACCAUUUUACCCACUCAACUCCACUCCACUCCACCCCAUCCCUUUUCUUUUCCUUUCCCCCCCCCCCCCAUUAUAUAUUUAGUCUUUUCUUCCCUCUAUAUAUGUGUAAUAUAUAUGCAUUUUUUGUUGAAAGAUAAUAUUUUUGUCUGGCCUUUCUUACCCAUUUUCUUUUUUAUCAUUACCUGAAUUCUUUUUCCUUCUUUUUUUUUUGCCCACUUGGAUGGCAACAAAAAAGAGAGAGGCCCUCUACCUGUGAACUACUCUUUCCCUUUGCAAUUGCAGCUUUACCCUUUUUCAGGGCUCAGACAUUUGGGGGCUUUUGUUUCUACGUUUCCUUACACUCAUCUUUUGUUCACUUGAAUGCUAAAGUAUAUGGGUUUUGUUUCCUCUUUGCUUCUUUGAAUGCUCAAGGAAGUAGAUCAAGAAGAUCAGAGAUGUCAUCUCAGGGUGCCUUAAAUUCUGAAUUAUCAAAGAAGACAUCAUUUUUGGGUCUAAAACUUUGGGUUUUGAUUGGUGUAUCUGUUGGGGCAUUUAUAGUGUUGAUUCUUGGUAUCUUGUCUGUAUGGGUUACAUUUCGGAGAAGAUCCCGACGAUUGGUAGACAAGUUCUCGCUUUCUCAGAUACCAAUUGUCUCAAAGGAAAUCAAGGUUGACAAGGUUGGAGUUCAGAGCUUCAGUGAUCAUCCGGAGAGUUUGUUCCUUUCAGUUAAUGAUAAAUCAAAUGAUAAGAAUUCAGAGAAAAUGCUAGCUCAUUUGGGGAUGAGCAAAUCAAGUGAUCCUGAUAAUACAAGUCAAUGCAGCUCGCUUUACCAUCACGAGAGAGGUUUUAGUUCUCAUUCAGGAGAUGAAGGGAGCUCCGGAACAGUUCGAAAACAGUCCGCAUUUUCGUUUGGAGGAGUAGUGACGGCCUCUCCCUUAGUUGGUCUGCCUGAAGUUUCACAUCUCGGGUGGGGUCACUGGUUUACUCUUAGGGAUCUUGAUCUUUCCACAAAUCAUUUUGCGGCGGAGAAUGUGAUUGGAGAGGGUGGAUAUGGGGUGGUUUACAAAGGUAGACUCAUCAAUGGAACUGAAGUAGCAGUUAAGAAGAUUCUUAAUAAUCUGGGGCAGGCUGAAAAAGAAUUUAGGGUUGAAGUGGAGGCCAUUGGUCAUGUUCGGCAUAAGAACCUUGUGCGGCUUUUGGGUUAUUGCAUUGAAGGAGUUCACAGGAUGCUGGUAUACGAAUAUGUGAAUAAUGGUAACUUGGAACAAUGGCUACACGGGGCAAUGUGCCAGCAUGGUACCCUUACUUGGGAGGCUCGUAUGAAGGUUAUUCUCGGUACUGCCAAGGCGCUUGCUUAUUUGCAUGAAGCAAUAGAACCAAAAGUUGUUCACCGGGACAUAAAAUCAAGUAACAUCUUGAUUGACGAUGAUUUCAAUGCCAAGGUUUCUGAUUUUGGAUUGGCCAAGCUCUUGGAUUCAGGAGAGAGUCAUAUCACAACUAGAGUUAUGGGGACAUUCGGUUAUGUGGCACCAGAAUAUGCUAACACCGGCCUAUUGAAUGAGAAGAGUGAUAUUUACAGCUUUGGUGUCCUCCUGCUUGAAGCUGUCACUGGAAGAGACCCUGUUGACUACGGAAGACCGGCUAAUGAGGUUAACCUUGUGGAGUGGCUUAAGAUGAUGGUUGGAACAAGAAAAGCUGAGGAAGUUGUGGAUCCAAGUCUUGAAACCAGACCCGCCACACGCGCUCUUAAAUGUGCUCUUUUGGUGGCACUUAGGUGCGUUGAUCCUGAUGCAAAUAAGCGACCCAAAAUGAGUCGGGUUGUACGAAUGCUUGAAGUCGAUGAAUACCCGUUUCGUGAGGACCGGAGGAACAGAAAGAGCCGAACGGCUAGCAUGGAAAUCGAAGCUUUGAAGGAAGAACCAACCGACGCGGAGAGCAAUGCCACGGAGUCACAGGGCACCAUAACCGAGAUGAGUCAUGAGAAAUAGGGACUGACAAAAAGGCAAAUGACAUGAUGAAUAUUUUGUCUAGUAUUUAAAGCUUUACAUUGAUACAUACACAUCUCAAAGGUUGGUUUGUUUUUGGUGCGCUCAAAGAGAGGAAUCAAACUUAAAGAUAGAAAUAACGCACAUUGGGGUUUUGAAUCAGGCAGAUGAAAGGCUAACAUCUGAGAGAGAAAGAGAGAUUAAAUGGUCCUUGUUGUACAGGUGUGCUUUUGGGAUUGGUGGACUGUCUUUUAUUAUUGUAUUA